AUGCAAAAAGAUUUUUUUUUUUUUUCUGUUGAGUCGCCCCAUGAUGAGUCUUCCAGCCCUUCUCGGGCGCUCAAGCUGCCAUGCCAGACCCUCCAUGUACAGACAGAUCAGGGGCCGACUGCGGCUGAAAUAAAAUUAGAAGCUCUAACUGAACGCCUGGAAAAGGAGAUGGACGCCCAGCCAAAGGCUGAGUACUUUGGCAGCUGUGUGAAGUGCAACAAGGCUGUGUAUGGAGCGAGUCAGGCGUGUCAGGCCAUGGGCAGCCUGUACCAUGACAGCUGCUUCACCUGCAGCGCUUGCAGCCGAAAGCUCAGAGGGAAAGCCUUUUACUACGUCUGUGGGAACGUCUUUUGUGAAGAGGACUUCCUGUACUCUGGUUUCCAGCAGUCUGCCGACAAAUGCAACGUAUGUGGACAUUUAAUCAUGGACAUGAUCCUGCAGGCGCUGGGAAAGUCUUACCACCCAGGCUGCUUCCGCUGCGCCAUCUGCAGUGAGAGUCUGGAUGGAGUGCCUUUCACUGUGGACACAGAGAACAAGAUCUACUGCGUGAAGGACUAUCACAGAGUUCUUGCCCCUAAAUGUGCAGCAUGUAAUCAGCCGAUCCUGCCCUCUGAGGGAUCAGAUGAAACCAUUCGAGUGGUUUCCAUGGACAAGGACUACCACGUGCAGUGUUAUCAUUGUGAGGACUGUCUUAUGGAGCUGAAUGACGAGGAGGGUCACCGCUGCUAUCCUCUGGACGGACGCCUGCUGUGUCACGCGUGUCACCUCAAACACAUGGACCCUGCCUCCCCGCCGUCUACAGCAAACAGCUACCACAGUCAGUUUUAAACAUAUGCCUCCCCCUAGUGGGUGUUCAGAGACAUCACCAUUUGCCAAAGAUGCUCAGAUAUUGCAUUGCCAAAAGUCACAGCUGAGAUUGAGAUUACAAACUGUGUGAGACACAUUAUUAUAUAUUGUAUUUUACAUUUGCAUUUAUUAUUUUAUUCGAUUGGAUUCAAAAAGAAAAUAGUUUAGCCUUUCUUGUAUAAUAUAAAUGCUGUAAACAAUAAACCAUUGGCA